CAAGAAAGCCAGGCACACCACAAAACUUUGCUGUGAUCACUAUCUCGUGGUUAACUUCACUCACCGAGUGAUGGAAGCCCUCACCAGUUCUUACUCUAAGGCCCUUUUUGAUGGCCUUGGAUCUUCUUCCUCGAGGAUUGUUCCUGCCCUUCAUUUCUCAGACAGGCUUGAAUUUUCCCUCUCCACUGAUAAAGUCGGCAAUUUUGGCUUCCUUCAGACGACUCAAAACAAGGGUAUUUCCCCAGUUCGUGCUGUGCCAUAUGAACCCCAGGUGGACUUGGAAACUGAAGAGCCUCAGGCACAGCAAAAUGAGGAAACAAAGGUUGUUCGGAUCAAACUUCAGUUACAAAAAGACUGCUUGUUCGGCGAACAGUUUCUUGUAGUGGGUGAUGAUCCUAUGAUUGGUGCUUGGGAUCCCUCAAAUGCACUACCAAUGACCUGGUCAGAAGGGCAUCUCUGGUUUGUUGAGAUGGAUGUGCCUAUGGGGAGGACAAUCCAAUACAAGUUUAUUCUGAAAUCAAUGUCUGGAGAUAUUAUGUGGCAGCCAGGGUCUGACCGAAUUGUUAAGACUUGGGAAACUGUCAACAGAAUAACUGUUUGUGAGGAUUGGGAGAAUGCUGAGCUUCAGAAAAUCACAGAGGAAGAACAACCUGAUUACUCAGAUGGGCAACCCCUGAUUGACUCAGAAAUGUCAAAUUUUUCGGAGAAUUUGGAUCAUCCUGAAGAAGAGACGGUAUCUGAUGCAACCAAUGCACUAGACUUUGAAGACAGCAAAAGUCGUUUAGAGGAGAAACCACUUGCUGAACCAGACGUGCAACAAAUUGCAGGUGAUAUCACUUCUUCUUCCAUGGAGAAGCCAAUGGCUAUUGUUGCAGAAAAUAUAGAUUCAUCAGAAGAUGCCCCCAAGAGUACACCUCGAAGAAGAGGCGUGAACAAUAUGGUUCUUCAGAGUGAAGUUACAGUUCAUGAUCUUGAACACAUGGGAAAAGUUUCACAAGUCAAUAAUCAGGGAAAGGAAGUUUUGAAGGGCAACCUAUUUGACUUUGAAGGAAGUCCUGUUCUUGUACCUGGCUUGACUCCACCUAAAACUGAAGAAACAACUAGUCAUAAAGUGGAAGAGAGGGAUAACAAGGACACUUCAGUAGAAGCACUUGAAAAGAAGGAUCAGGACAUGCCAGAGGUCCAAUUCAAUGAGGGGCAAGAAGAAUCAGAUGAUGGGGUGCAGGUCAAUGAAGAGGAGCAAGAAGAAUCAGAUGACGGAAAACCCCAAGAGAUAGCUGAAACACUCAGUGAUGAACCAGUACUGGUUGACAAUGAGGGGCAAGAAGAAUCAGAUGAUGGGGUGCAGGUCAAUGAAGAGGAGCAAGAAGAAUCAGAUGACGGAAAACCCCAAGAGAUAGCUGAAACACUCAGUGAUGAACCAGUACUGGUUGACAAUGGGCUUCCAGAGAAGUUUCAUUCAACCACAGCUAUAGCUAAAGUGCCAGAGGUUCACACGGCUCAUGAAAAUGUCUUGGAAAGUGAUAUUCAGUGGGGCCGUGGAAUAUUAAAGAACCUUCUGUCAAAGCUCGGAUUUCCAUGAGAAAAAUUCUUCAUUAGACUCCUGUGGAUGAACAAAGAAUGGGUAGGUCAAACUAACCAUGGAUUGAUAUACAAGUAUGUUACCACGCUUUCAGUGAGACUUUUGACAUGCUUAUCCUCAUCCAUGAAUAGUUUGGUUGGGUAAUGUUUCAAACCAACUUUGUCUGAAACUUGUGUGGUUGUUCUAAUCCAUUUGCCAUUUUGUUAGCCUGGCAAAGUGGGAUGGGAGUCUAGCCAUUUCUUGGCAGGUAUUGAGUGUCGAUACAUAGUAUGUUUUAAGGGUGUAAUUUUGUUGUAUAUCAUGCUUCUAUAUUCAGUUAGAUUGUAUGAUUCUUUCAGUUUCGCUCUCUCUUUUAUACAGUAUGAGGAGUUUCAGGGGCAAAAGAAUGGAGAUUUGUUCAUGAGAGUUCAACAGAACUUGCCUGUAAAAAUUACAUGUUGUAAUGCAAAGAUGUAAAAUGCUUUUGCUUAUUGGAUUCCUUUUCUUGUU